AUGUCGCACUCAUCAUUCGUGCCAUUUUGUACAUUUAUUGACACAACAUUUUGGGCGGAGUUAAACAGAAGAAAGUUACACGAGUGGCGCCUUGAUGAGACUCCGCGCGAAGUGUUUCCUUUUGCUGAUGAUGGCAAGCUGAUAAGUUAUUUUAAUGACACAAAGUUUUAUGCUUUUCUAUUGGACUCUAAAGGGAACUGUGCGUCCAUGCAGGAUCUAGGCGGCAUCGAGGAUGCUGCAGACGUCAAGAUAGUUUUUGCGGAUCCAUCACCAGUGGCCGAUUGUGCUGGAUGGCCUCUACGAAAUUUAGUAGCGGCGGUCGCAUAUAUGAAGCGAUCUUGGCGGUGGUGUUCUUUCGUUUCGCUGAAAGGAGGAGGUGAUCUGAAGGAAUUCAAAAUUUCAUGGGAUGAGACUGAGCCGAACCAGUUGCCUGCAAGUGUUGGCUGGGAGAGGAACAUGCAAGGGAAGAUGGUUCCACAGUUUGUUGACAUGCGGAAACAGUUCGACCCUAAGAAGUGA